CGCGCCGAGCCCCCGCGGGCCGCCCGGGUCCCGGCGAGCGGCAGCGCUAUGAAGCGAGCGUGCGCGCUGCGGCUGCUCUCGGACCUGAGCAACUUCAGCGGCGCCGCCCGGCUCCGGGAGCUGCUGGCCGGGGACUCGGCCGUGCGUGCCCGCUGCAGCCCGGACGGCCGCCACCUGCUGCUGCUGCGCCCCCCGGGGGCGCCAGCUCCGCAGCUGCUGGUCGCGGUGCGCGGGCCGGGUGCGGAGCUGGAGCGAGCCUGGCCCCCAGAGCACCCGUCACCGCUGGACGCCGUCUUCCUGCCCUGGCCGCUGCGUCCCGCGCUGGUCCUGGUCUGGGAGAGUGGCCUGGUCGAGGUGUGGAGCACGGGCCUGGGACCCGGCUGGAGGCUGCUGCAGAGCCUUGAGCUGUGCCCGGGCGGUGGCGCCCGCGUGGUGGCCUUCGCGGCGACCCGAGGCCGCCUGGUUUGGUGCGAGGAGCGUCAGGCCGAGAGUUCGGGUGCUUUCAGCCACUGCGUGUGCACCAGAACCCUGGAACCCAGUGGGGAGGCCAGUGCUAACCUGGGCCUCACACACACCCUGCUGCACCGUUGCCCGCCUUUUGCCCUGCUGGCCACCCGCAAGGACCUCUACCUGAUGCCCACUGAUACCACCUGGCCUGGUCUGGCUCACGUUCUGCUCAUCUGGAACCCUAGCAAGGGCAAGGUGCUGGUAGCUUCCACGUGCCUUGGCCUCUCCCACAGUAAGAGCCUGAAUCCCAAACGAGGGGACACCUGGGACUUCCCCACCCUGCUUGGAGGCCUUCCUGGACUGCUGACCCCCAGGGAGCCAGUGACUGUGCAUUCCUGGGCCCCAGCUGCCCAGGGCCUGCUGUUGCUUGAUGUCAAGGGUACCGUGACCCUGGUGCAACCCCACGGUGGUGUCCGGGCGGUGGGUACCCUGCAGGAGGCUCCUGCAGGCAUGGCAGGGUCUGCAGCCCUGGGAACAUUUCAUGGCACUCUGGUCUGUGUGUUGGGCGCCACCAUGGAGCUGCUGGACAUGGGCAGUGGGCAGCUCCUGGAGAGGAAGGUCCUAAGUACAGACCGGGUACAUUUGCUGGACCCCCCAGCCCCAGGCGUGGAGGAGGAGGAAUUGCUGGGGAGUCGUGGGGGCCUUCGUUUGCUCUCAGCCCUGGGUCUGUUUGGAAUAAGCUGGGAGGCCCCCCAGGGCCUUGCGCUUCCUGCAGCUGAAGAUCUGGUGUUUGAGGCGGCCUGCGAGUACUACCAGCGGCGGAGCCUGCGCGGUGCCCGGCUCUCCCCAGAGGAACUAAGACACAGCAGCACAUUCCGGGCACCCCAAGUCUUGGCCUCCAUCCUCCAGGGCCACGUGUCCCCCUCUACGCUCUUGACCAUGCUGAGAGCCGAGCUUCGGGAUUACCGGGGCCUCGAGCGGCUCAAAGCCCAGUUAGUGACUGGAGAGGAGGAAGAGACGGGCUGGACGGAGCUGGCCGAGCAGGAAGUGGCCCGCCUGCUGAGGACCGAGUUGACGGGAGACCAGCUAGCCCAGCUCAACACCGUCUUCCAGACUUUUCCUACAGCGGCCUGGGGGGCCAUCCUCAGGGCCCUGCAGCUCCAGCCCGAUGGCAAUGGCCGGCUGAAGUCCCAAGCUCCCCCCGACAUGUGGAAGAAGGUACUAGCCAGUACAGCCGCUGGGAAGGAACCACCAGCAGGGGUCCUGCCUCUCUUUGAACUUCUGUGCCAGUACCUCUGCCACCUGGAGCCGCAGUCGCUGCCACCCUUUGUGGAACUGGCACAGCAGCAGGGGGGGCCGGGCUGGGGGGCAGGGGCCCCGGGGCUGCCGCUGUAUCGAAGAGCCCUGGCAGUCCUAGGGGAAGAGGGGGCCAGGCCCGAGGCCCUGGAACUAGAGCUGCUCUUGGGCAGCGGGCGACCCAAAGCUGUGCUCCAGGCUGUCAGGCAACUGGUGCAGAAGGAAGAGUGGGAGCGGGCCCUGGAGGCCGGCCUGGCCCUCGGCCCCUCCAGUCCCCUGCUUCAGAGCGAGAUCUUCAAACUACUGUUGGCAGAAUUUGCCCAGCACCGACGGCUAGAUGCCCACCUGCCCCUCCUGUGCCGCCUUUGCCCGUCAGACCUGGCUCCGGCUGAGCUCCUGCUUCUACUACAGACUCACCUGCCUGAUGAGAUGCGGCCCCCUAUGCCAUUCCCUGAGCCCGGGACGGACACCCCUCUCACCGUGGGCUUGCUCAGAACCCUGCUGGAGCAGACGGGGGCACCCGGGAGGCCUUCAGGUCCAGUUCUAAGUCUGUAUGAAGACAUUCUCUGGGACCUAGGCCCUCCGCCCCCCACCCCACCUCGGGGAGGACCUGUGACGGCACUCCAGGCGUCAGACCAUCCCAGCCUAGAAGCCUAGAGGCCUGGACACCAUCUGGACAGAACCUCU